CCGACUCCACUUUUACAUAACAAGAUGGCGGCGCCCUGUAGGAAGCUUGCGAGGUCGGUGAUGUUUAAAGGUUUGUGUCAGAUUCCAGGCCGGUCAUUAUGGACACAGAGGUGCCCGGUCAAGUUACAGGCUCUGAGGUGCAUUCCUCCCCGGUGUCUCACCCGACUCUACCAGCCACUGACCACCACCAGGUCGACACUGAUCAGCACCAAAACAGAACAGCCGAGAAGCACCGAUCAGCAGAAAACGACUGACACGCAGAAAGAGCAAAAGAAAGAGACUGAGGAGGAAGAGGAGGAGGAGCAGGGACCCGCGUACAUCCCCACGAGAAAGGCCAAGAACCCCAUGAUGAAGAUCGGAUAUGCCUGGAUGAUAGGUCUCCCUGCAGGAAUAAUAGGGUUCAUCCUGACCAAGAGAGAAGUGGAUAAGAACCGCCUGAAGCAGCUGAGGAUUCGCCAGCGGAUGAACCGGUCCAAUGAAGGAGAAUACGAGGGCAGUCGCUACCGCAACCACAGACUGGACUGAUCCCAACUACAUUGAGAAGAUGUGUGUGUGUGCAUGCUUGAGUGAAUGUGUGUGUGUGUGUGUGUGUGUGUGUGUGUGUGUGUGUGUGUUCACUGCCUCUUCUGCCGUUGGACUGACGAAGCCUUAAAAAGAGACUGAUCUAUAUGGAUUGGAAACAGUUGUUGAGAGACACCCGUACUUCUUUGCUCGGUGUUCGCACCUACACGAAUGUAUAUGAAUCGACUGUGAACAAGUCCAUGAUGAUCACACAAGACUGUCCGCGUGGAUCAGUAUAGGAUCCAGAGUUCUUCCUAUGUCAUGACCUUUGUCGGGAGAAACGCUGGCCAUGUCACUCUGCUAUGUUCAACAGGCAUUUUCUUUCCUGAUUUUUCAAAACAUGCAUCAGUAAGUACACCCUGCAAACUGUGUUCCCAUAUGAUUUCUCUCAACAGUCAAUCGUUUAACAUCAAUAGUCUAAAACUCAUGUACAUCAGAAGCAGACAUUGCAUUUACAUUCAAAUGAAUUUACAUCUGUAAGAUGGCACCACUAAGACGAGACCAUUACCAAAUGGCGUAUCAAAAUCACCCCAAUCAGCCCAGAGCUUUCGCUCAUGAUUACCUUGUCGUUACCGAUGUUUAAAUCAUAGAAAAGCAUCAGACAUGCAGAGUAAAAAUAAACACAAAAAUAGCAGCGGAUAAUUUAUCCAGAGUGGGUGGAGGAGGUGAGGCCAGACAGGGUAGCCAUCUGCUCUUACUCCUGUGCAGCACUGAUGAGCUUAAAGUCAUGUGUCUCAGAGCAGACGUAUGUUUGAAGUUUUGUAGUGUUUGUAAAGGGUGAAACAGAUGGGUAUAUUUGUCAUGUUCCUCUGGGUACCAGCUCAUGUGGGAGUAGAGGGGAAUGAGGAAGUGGAUAUUAUUGCCAAUCAGGCUCGUAAACAUCCUGAUGUUGAGCUGGAAUUGUCUAUUGGUAAAGCGGAAGCUAAAUGGAUGAAUAAGAACAGUGGUUAAAAGUAAGUGGCAAUAGUUGUGGAACAGGGACAGUAAGGGAAGACACCUGUAUAAGAGUUGUGGAACAGGGAGAGUAAGGGAAGACACCUGUAUAAGAGUUGUGGAACAGGGACAGUAAGGGAAGACACCUGUAUAAGAGUUGUGGAACAGGGAGAGUAAGGGAAGACACCUGUAUAAGAGUUGUGGAACAGGGAGAGUAAGGGAAGACACCUGUAUAAGAGUUGUGGAACAGGGACAGUAAGGGAAGACACCUGUAUAAGAGUUGUGGAACAGGGAGAGUAAGGGAAGACACCUGUAUAAGAUCCGGGUGGGGGCAGGGAGGUCCUCAGGCCGAGAGAGAAGGGAGGAAAGUGUAGUCACAAGGCUGAGACUGGGACAUACAAGGCUAAAUUAGUGCAUUGAAAGUGGUGGUGAACCAUCCGACUGGGAGGUGUGAUCAUUGUCAGGAAGGAGACGGAGACAGUGCAACACGUUCUAUUUCAGUGCCAGAAAUAUGUCUCUGGUCCACACUCCAGUCCAGUUGGUGCCGGUAAUGCACAUUAAAGUUGGUUGCCGGCCGCCAUAUGAAAUCCACAGAAGAAGAAGUAAAAAUAAAAACCUGUCUCUACUUUGA